GAGUCAAGACCGGACCAGGGCAGCCAGACUUUGGCAGACGGGUGGACGGCGCUAGAUCUGCGCUCGGGUCCGCGGCGGCCGGAGUGGUUGGGAGAUGCAGGCGGCACGGAUGACCCCGAGCGUGGGGCGGCAGCUGCGGAGGCUGGGGGUCGGAAGCUCGUGGCCCAGCACGCUCCUGGGGCAGCCCCCGCCCGGUCCGGCCCGCCGACCCUAUGCCAGUGGGGCCGCUCAGGCGGUUCUGGAGAAGUCAGAUUCCCAGUCCUCUGAGGCUCCGACCAGGGAGAAGCAGGCCAAGGCGGAAUCCAAGUCCUUUGCUGCGGGGAUGUUCAAGGGUCAGCUCACCACCGAUCAGGUGUUCCCUUACCCAUCUGUACUCAGUGAGGAGCAGACCCAGUUUCUCAAAGAACUGGUGGGGCCUGUGUCCCGUUUCUUUGAGGAAGUGAACGAUCCUGCCAAGAAUGACACGUUGGAGAAGGUGGAGGAGACCACCCUGCAAGGCCUCAAGGAGCUGGGGGCCUUUGGUCUGCAAGUACCCAGCGAGCUGGGUGGUGUGGGCCUCUGCAACACCCAGUACGCCCGCUUGGUGGAGAUUGUGGGCACACAUGACCUUGGUGUGGGCAUCACCCUGGGAGCCCAUCAGAGCAUCGGCUUCAAAGGCAUCCUGCUCUUUGGCACAAAGGCCCAGAAAGAAAAAUACCUCCCCAAACUGGCAUCUGGGGAGAGCAUAGCUGCUUUCUGUCUAACGGAGCCCUCCAGUGGGUCAGAUGCAGCCUCCAUCCGAUCAUCAGCUGUGCCCAGCCCCUGUGGAAAAUACUAUACCCUCAAUGGAAGCAAGAUCUGGAUCAGUAAUGGGGGCCUGGCAGAUGUCUUCACGGUCUUUGCCAAGACACCAGUUACAGAUGCAGCCACGGGGGCUGUGAAGGAGAAGAUCACAGCUUUUGUGGUGGAGAGGAGCUUUGGAGGUGUUACCCACGGGCCCCCUGAGAAGAAGAUGGGCAUCAAAGCCUCCAACACGGCAGAGGUGUACUUUGACAGUGUGCGGGUGCCAGCAGAGAACGUGCUUGGGGAGGUGGGGAGUGGCUUCAAGGUCGCCAUGCACAUCCUCAACAACGGAAGGUUCGGCAUGGCCGCAGCCCUUGCAGGCACCAUGAGGGGCAUCAUUGCAAAGGCGGUGGAUCAUGCUGCUAAUCGUACCCAGUUUGGGGAGAAAAUUCACAACUUUGGGCUGAUUCAAGAGAAGCUGGCCCGGAUGGCGAUGCUGCAGUAUGUGACUGAGUCCAUGGCUUACAUGGUGAGCGCCAACAUGGACCAGGGAUCCACAGACUUCCAGAUUGAGGCUGCCAUCAGUAAAAUCUUUGGCUCGGAGGCAGCCUGGAAGGUGACCGAUGAGUGCAUCCAGAUAUUGGGCGGCAUGGGCUUCAUGAAGGAGCCUGGAGUGGAGCGUGUUCUCCGAGAUCUUCGCAUUUUCCGGAUCUUUGAGGGGACAAACGACAUCCUCCGGCUGUUUGUGGCUCUGCAGGGCUGUAUGGACAAAGGAAAGGAACUUUCUGGACUGGGCAAUGCCCUCAAGAAUCCCUUCGGGAAUGCUGGUCUCCUGCUAGGAGAGGCAGGCAAACAGCUGAGGAGGCGGGCAGGGCUGGGCAGCGGCCUGAGUCUCAGCGGCAUCAUCCACCAGGAGCUGAACCGGAGCGGCGAGCUGACUGUGCAGGCUCUGGAGCAGUUUGCCACUGUGGUGGAAGCCAAGCUGAUAAAACACAAGAAGGGGAUUGUCAAUGAACAGUUCGUGCUGCAGCGCCUAGCAGACAGUGCUAUUGACCUCUACGCCAUGGUGGUAGUUCUGUCCAGGGCCUCCAGAUCCCUGAGUGAGGGCCACCCUACAGCCCAGCAUGAGAAGAUGCUCUGUGACAGCUGGUGUAUCGAGGCCGCAGCCCGGGUCCGGGAGACCAUGGCCGCUCUGCAGUCUGACCGGCAGCAACAGGAGCUCUUCCGGAACUUCAAAAGCAUCUCUAAGGCCUUGGUAGAGCGAGGUGGCAUGGUCACCAGCAACCCCCUCGGCUUCUGAGUGCUCCCCACUGGGGCCUGGCCAGGCCUGUACCUUCUAUCUCCAGCCCAGCCUGGCCCCGAUUCUGCCUUAAAGAGGCCCUGGCCCCGGGGCGCUGCUGCUCUCGGAGGCCCACUUACAGCCUCUCAAGUAAAGGUUCUCACAAGCCACA